AUGACGCUGGCGGGCGGGCGGAAGGGGCGUGGCGUGUGCGCGGUGGUGAUUGGCCGGCCGGGCGGAAGUGGCGGCGGCGGGCGGAAGCGGCGGGCGGGGUGGGGGCAUGGGCCGGCGGCGGUGAGCGGCGCGGGGAUGGCGGCGGCCCGCGGCUGCCCCCCGGCGGGCUCCGGGGACCGUGCCCUGGCCGAGCUGCUGCUGGAGUUCUCCCGGGCACAGUACCGCGCCAAGGAUGGCGGCGGCGCCGCCGCUAAGGUGGAGCGGAUCGAGCGGCGGUGCCUGGAGCUCUUCGGCCGCGACUACCGCUACAGCGUGAUCUCCAACGCGCACGGCGAGGUCUGCGCCCACUACCCGCGGCACAUCGUCCUCCUGGAGCGCGACGCCGGCCGCGACCCGUUUGAGAGCACUGUGCAGGUUGGCAAACUGCAGGACCUUAUCAACCGAAGUAAGAUGGCGAGGUGUAGAGGACGAUUUGUUUGCCCAGUCAUUCUGUACAAGGGAAAGCAUAUUUGCAGAUCAGCGACGCUGGCUGGCUGGGGAGAGCUCUAUGGGCGCACUGGCUACAACUAUAUCUUCUCAGGGCCCGCGGGCGGCGCUCAACACCUUCCUCAGCACCGUCACCUGGGGCCGCGCCGGGGCCGCCGGCGAGUGGCAGUGGGCGAGCGACCGCCCCUCCCUGGGCCCCCCUGCCCCGGCGCCCUCAGCUACUACAGCCGCCACGGCCGGGACCCCGCCUUCACCGAGGCGGGCCCGGGCCGGUGCUUCGGUAGCCUCCACGCCCGCCACCUGCAGCUGCUGGAGUGGCCGGGCCGGCCGCACGACGUCUUCUCGGUCCAGGGGGAACCCAGCAAGCGCUACCACCUGAUCCUGCCCGCCUUCUUCCGCCUCCUGGACACCCUGCACCGGGAGGGGAGGGCGUUCGCCGUCGUCUUCAGGACCUUCGGCACGGACCUGCCCCGCGCCCUGCGGGCCGUCAGCUGCGCCCUGGCCGGGCAGCACCCCCAGUUCCCUGCCCUGCGGCAUGUGGCGCUCCCUGUGGACCUCACCCCUGGCCAGAUACGCUGCAGCAAGCGAGAGGUGGUGCUGACACGGGGAGCAGAGCGGCUGGCCACCCGGGAAGAUGGAAGAAAGCUUUACGACUACUUCAGCUCCUUUGAGGGAAUUGGAGGCUUCCAAGACCACUUUGACUGGUGGGCCAGAAAUCGGUUCUCUUCCCGGGGUGGGAAGCCCCUGUGGAUCGACCCCUACGAUCCCAGCGUUCACCACAUCUUCAUCGACGACAACAUCCGGCUGGACGAUGCGGACACCAUUGUUCAUCCCCAGGUGUUUUCGGAGCGGGGCAGCAGCAGCCCCAGGCGCGCUCCCACCUCGGAGCUGUACGACGUUUGCCUGGUGCAGACCGACCUGCUGGAGGCCAUUGCUGACGAGGACUAUUUCCUGCGCUGCGUGAGGAGGUGCGAGGAGAACUACGACCGCUACCUGGCCUGCACAGAGAAGGACACCCCCAGCCAGCGGUGGGAUGGACAGUGAUGCCAGCUCGUGGGGCCGAGGGUCUCCGGACUGGGACACCCCCUGCUACCUGCUGCGUGCAGGCAAAGUCCUGGGCUGGGUUCCCGCUUCGAGCUGUCCCGUCUCUGACGCGUGACAUGCCUGCUCCGUCCUACCUGGAGCCUCCAUGCCUGAACACAAGCAUCCUGGGAGCUUGUGUGACGGGAUCCCUGGAGAAAAUGUCUUUCCUUUCCUCAGCAGCGCUGUGGGGAGCUGCCUGCCUGGCUGGAGCCCCUCCGCAGGCAGCGCUGCCCGUUGUGUCUGCUCCUGCGUGAGGGCUGGGGCUCGCGGUGCCCCUCCGCUCGGCAGGCAGGGCCCUCCCGCCGCGGUGGCAACGCAAGCAGCCACGCAGCGUUCACGCCUCCCUUCCCGCUCCUGCACCGGUGUCUGGUGCGGAGCAGGUGCCGGGGUGAGUGCAGCAUUACCGGCGGCACACCCAAGUGCCAUUUGCGCCGUGGUGUUCUCCCCGGCAGAGCUAGCGAUGCCGUGUCACUUCUGCCUGUUUUUAAAGCAAACCUUUCUAGCUCGUUUGCGGUGUGAAUUUCCUGCCUGCCCUUGGCUCUGCCUGUGCUGGUGGGUGGAAAGCGCCUUUCCCGGCGUGUUCAUUUGCAGGGCUCAGCCAAGCGGGGACAA